AUGACCCAAGAUAAAAGUCAUAAUCAAUAUCAUAAUAUCAAUGGAACCAUACUCGAUAAUUGGAAUUAUACCCGGUACAAAAAAACUUGUAAUCCAAGCAAAGAUUAUGAUUCUCCACUUUCAGAAAAUUUUUUUUUGGAAACUGUUUCUGCAAAUAAUGGAAUUGUUUGUGGCCCAAUACUAAGGUUGAUUUCGAUUACUACAAACAAAGACAAUGAGUCCAUUUACAAAGGUUCUAUAUUACUAAUAUGUAAUGGCAACAAUCAACAACCUAAACCCAUCAAGUUUUUCAUUCAAAAGGACAACAGUAGUCUUACUACUUUUAUACCAAAAAAAGUUGUAUGCUUCCACAAAGAUUUUUUAUACAAAGACUCUGAUCCCAAUUUUUGUUUAAAUUUCUAUAGGUAUGAAUUUGAAAUUACCUUAAAUGAACAAAACGAACAACUAAUCACAUAUUCUAUCGACGACAACCAUUUACCUCAUUAUAGAUUCUAUAUACCAUCAGCUAAACAAAACUGUAACACAAUUUCAUAUUCUUGUAAUGGAUUUUCUUUGAAUACUGAUACUUCAUCAUUUAACGGAUCUUUAUGGUACGAUGUGUUAAGGAGACAUAGCUCUAAUCAUUACCAUGUUAUGCUAGGCGGAGGCGAUCAGCUGUAUUCUGAUAGAGUUAAAAUUGAAUGUCCCAAGUUUUUAGAAUGGUUGCAUUAUAAAAAUGAUGAACAUUUUAUCAAACAGAAAUACCCUGAAAAUGCAAAAUCUUCCAAAAUCAAACAUGAUAUUCAUCAUCACAAGUUAUUAUUUCAAAAUUUUGAAUACGAUACUGAAUUUUCCAAACAAAUUAGACAGUUUUAUUUGAAAAAUUAUUUAGAGUGGUUUGGUUACGGAUAUUGGAAAGGUACCAUGGGGAAAACUUUAAUUACACAAUUGCCAAUCGCAUUUGCCACCAUUCCCUCCAUUAACAUCUAUGAUGACCACGAUAUAAUUGAUGGAUUUGGUUCGUAUCCUGAUAAGACAAUGAAUAAUGAAGUUUUCAAGAACUUGGGGAAAGUAGCCUAUGAAUAUUACAUGCUUUUUCAACAACAGGUUUCAUCACCUUUUAGCAGCGAUGAACAGGAUGUGUAUGGAUAUUUCAAGGAACCUAGCUGGGUUCUCGGUUCCGAACAAGGUUGCAAAUUUAUUGGUGAAAGAUCACAUUCGAUUUUUACAAAACUAGGCCCCGAUUUAGCCCUAUUGGGUUUGGAUUGCAGAACUGAGAGAUCUUUAAAGGAAAUAUUGUCGAAAAAAACAUAUGACACAGUUUUUGCCAGAUUGCAAAAAGAAUACAAUUCUAGUAGAUAUAAGCAUUUGUAUUUAAUGCUAGGUGUCCCCAUUAUGUAUCCCAGGUUUGUUUGGUUAGAAAAUAUUUUUGAUUCAAAGUUAUUGACACCAAUUAAAUGGGCCUCAAGAAAAGGAUGGAUGUUUCAUGGUUUGGUUAAUGAAUUCAAUGGAGACAUCGAAUUAUUAGACGAUUUGAAUGAUCAUUGGUGUUCCUUUCAUCAUAAAGCUGAAAGAAACUAUUUGAUGGCUAGAUUGCAGGAUUUUGCUGCCAAAAAUUGCGUUAGGAUCACUAUUUUAAGUGGUGAUGUUCAUUUGACCUGUGUUGGUCAAUUUGAGCCCUCAACCAAAGCUGUUGCAGGCCAUAAAAGUUCAGAAGAUCCCAGACUAAUGUAUAAUAUUAUAUCAAGUGCUAUAACGAACACCCCUCCACCUGAUGCAAUGGUAAAACUGUUGACUCAUAGAUCAAAGUCUAAACAUAAGUUUAGCAACGAUACUGACGAAAAAAUGUGUGACGUUUUUAAGUCCAAUAGGUCUAGUAAUGGAUCAUUAAGUGAAAAAUUCAUUAAUCAACGAAAUUGGUGUGAUUUAGUUUAUAAUUCGGAAACAGAUUACGUUCAGUCUAAGAUAUAUGUUGAAAAAGAUAGAACAAGUAUUGACUCAGAAACUAAAAGUUUCAAAUUAGAUAUCUCGCCAUGUACCGAACAUAACGUUAAAUUAGAUCAUGGUGGAAUGAGACACGUAGGACAGUUUUAG